AUGGGUGACUUCUGCCGAUUUGUGGACUGGAGGUUUGUCCACAGGGCCAGGCUUAACCUGGUGCCGCAGAAUGGGUCGUUCUCAUGGAGGACUGGUAACCGCCGCUGUAGACGAUGCGGGCACACAAUAGAAAGCCUCGCUUACGUCGUCAACCAUUGCAUGCAGUAUACCAGCCUUUACAUGGCGAGACACAAUGCGUUGGUGGCCAGACUAAAGAAGGUGGCCGAGAGGAAAUUCACAGUGAUCUCCGAGAACCAAGUGAUUGGCCCCCAGUGCCUCAGACUAGACUUGGUCCUGAGGAGAGGGAAUGCCACCCUCAUCAUCGACGCCACGGUCCCGUUCGACAACCGGCUGAAGGCCUUCAGGGACUCAGUGGACGAGAAGCUGUCAAAGUACGAGGAGCUGAGGAAGGAGAUUGCUGCAGACGUCUCCAGUGAAGUUUCGAUUGACCCCUUCAUCGUCGGCUCCCUCGGUUCCUGGGACCCGGCCAAUGAUGCGCUGGCGAAGCAGCUUACGCCAAGCUGCUGA